AUGCCUCUCAUGCACGAUAAUGCAUCAGGCAAGGGUUCGAUUGACGGCUCACGACCGCCGACUCAAAAUCCUUCAGCUGGCGACCUUGAUGUCCCUGAGCCGCCUCAAGGCCCCAGCACUCGAAGCAGCUCACCCACGAUCCUCAGCGGCGAAUUAUUCCUCCGCGUGCACGCUCAAAACGAGAUCAUCGAGUCAAUGGAAAAACUGCUCACUCAAGCCUCAGAGCCUGCCGACGACGUGAUUCUGACGGAGGUCACUGUGAUGCUCGAUCAACUCGAAGAGCUGCAUCAGGCAUUCCGAACAGAGCACUCAUGGCUCGUCUCCCAUUGGCCGCCUGCUCACCUAGACCACGCAUACUUUGCUCGCAAGGUCAGCAGCACGGAAACUAGGCUGAUGCUAAAGACCAAGCGGCUGCUCGGUCGUCUCCAAGAGCAACUCACCGCGCCUGCUCAAUCUGCCGACUCGUCCGGGACUGGCUCCCGCCCACGCCCGCGUCUGCCCGAAUUGACGGUACCUACGUCCAGCGGGGAUUAUCGGAAAUGGCCGGAAUUUAAGGCCAUGUUCCUCUCAGUUAUAGAGAAUCGCUCAGACGUUACUGACCUGGAGAAGUUUCAGUACUUAAAGGGUGCUAUACAGGGUGACGCUUCGGAGCUCAUUGCCAACCUCUCACCUCACCCUGCAUCGUACAAUGCAGCGUGGCUACUCCUCGACGCUAGAUUCGAGAACAAAAGGCUCAUCAUUAAAACUCAUCUCGAUCGGCUACUCGCUCUCAAACCGAUGCCAAAGCGUCAGGCCAGCUCGCUUACCAAGAUGGUAAGCAUCAUCAAUGAGACCACCCAAUCGCUCAGAACACUCACGUCAGAAAGUAACAACGACUGUCUGUUGGUGGCUCUCAUUAGUGGACUGCUUGACCGAGACACCCGUGAGAGAUGGGAGACCUCUCUUACAUCCACUGACGAGUUUCCGACGCUCAGCCAACUCACAGCGUUUCUAAUGGCGCGUGCGCGUACCUUGGGAAAAAUAGAUGAAACGCCGACGCCUGUUCAAUCAAGCGCUGCGAAGGGAGCCCUACCUAAGCGUGCUAGCCCACACCAGGCGUCUCAGCAGCCUCAAGACCGCUCAUCACCAGCACCUACGAAGACAACUCAGCAGACGACUCAGCGUCGAUCACUAUAUCCGUUUGACUGUUGCGGUCAGGAUCAUUUCAUCGUGAUGUGCCCGAAGCUGCGAGACUACUCACUGACGCAACGUGUAAAAUUGGUCAAGGAGCGUAGGUUGUGCUGCAAUUGCCUAGGUAGGCACAAUGCACGCAAGUGCAACAGCUCUCGGCAUUGCAAAACAUGCAACGACACUCAUCACACCAUGUUACAUGGCGCAGACCUUUCAAGCAUGUUCAACACACCAACCGAGCGCACCCAGUCAUCUCAAGAUGCGCAAAAGGAGCCAACUUCAGACGUCAAAUCAUGGACGCCAUCUCACCCUGCUGGCAACAGCCAUCACCACAGCCUUCUCAACGACCUCAUCACAUCAGGUUCGAGUCCGCAUCGAUCCUGGCUCAGAAGUUUCGUUUAUCUCGGAAAAGCUCACCAGACAGCUCAGCCUUUAGCGAAGGGUGUCGUGACGCUCACCCUUCACUCAAGAUACAGACCACUCUCAGUCAACAUCUCGGCUCACGUCCUAAAGACAGUCACGACCAUCAUGCCAACCAGCGCGAUAUCUCAAGAGCUCGAAUGGCCUCAUCUCAAGAGGUUAAACCUGGCUGACCCAGAGUUCCUCACUCCGAGGGCCAUAGACGUGAUCAUAGGAGCAGAUUUCUACGAGCAGCUCAUCAAACCUAACAUCAUCAGGCACUCACCCGAAACUCCUAUCGCUCAAUUGCCUAUCUUUGGCUGGCUAGUCAUCGGCCCGGUUCAUACACCGGUCACAAUUGUCAGAACAACACACCAUGGCGUCUCACAGGCAUCAAACUCAUCAUUGCAAGAGUUGCUGACAAGGUUCUGGGUUCAAGAAGAACCCCCGAGCUCAUCUGACUCUCGACUCACCCCAGAAGAACAGGAGUGUGAACGCCACUUCAGCACGACCCAUUCAAGGGACUCAACAGGCCGUUACAUCGUCAGAAUACCGCUCAAGAUGUCUUCAGCAGCCUUAGGAGACUCACAACACACGGCACAUCAGUGCUUGUUACGAAUUCUCAAACGUCUUGGCAGAGAUGCUCAGUACUGCGAACUGUACACUCAGUUCAUGCAGGAGUAUGAAAGGGCUAAGCAUAUGAUCAAGCUCGACGACAGCUCAGCAAGCAGAAGACCUCACUAUUAUCUGCCACAUCAUGGAGUGCUCAAGCCAGACAGCUCGACCACAAAACUCAGAGUGGUUUCCAAUGGCUCAAGCGCCAGCUCCACCGGCUACUCUGUCAAUGAUCUCAUGCACGCUGGUCCGAAUCUGAUGCUCAAUAUCUUCGAUUUGCUCAUCAGGAUCCGCCGACACGAGCAGGAAGAGGAAUCUCACUACCACCUCACGACAGUCACGUACGGAACCAAAGUAGCUCCGUUCUCAGCUGUAAGGACGCUGCUUCAGCUUGCUGAGGACGAAGGCUCAAGGUACCCCCUCGCUGUGGAACCGAUCACUCACGGUCGAUACGUUGACGACAUCUUCGGAGGGUCAGAUACGGUGGACGAGCUCACUCAAACAGCUCGACAACUCAUACAACUCUGCCAUGCGGGCGGAUUUCCGCUAGCCAUAUGGCACUCUACGUCAAGGCAGCUGCUGGAAGAAGUUUCAUCAGAACUCGGUCACACAUCAGACAUCUCAUUCGACGACUGUAACGCAAAAAUCCUGGGCAUAAGAUGGUCACUACAGCAAGACACGUUCAACUUCUCAACCAUCUCAUCAACUCACUCUGCUAGAUUCUCGAAACGCCUCAUCUUAUCAGAAGUAGCACAACUCUUUGAUCCAUUAGGCUUCACCGCACCAGUUGUAAUCAGAGCCAAAAUGUUCCUUCAGGCACUGUGGUUACACAAGCUCAACUGGGAUGACCCGCUCCCAGAACAACUCAUAACUCAAUGGCUCAGCAUCAGACAAGAUCUCACUAGUCUGGCCAGACUCUCCAUCCCAAGGUGGUUCAACACGCUCUCUGACUCAGCUGUUGAACUGCAUGGAUUCUCUGAUGCUUCGCAGUUUGCAAUAGCAGCCGUUGUGUAUCUCGUCGCCCACUCACCGUCCACAGGCGCCAACGUUUCGCUCAUCUGCUCACGAACGAAAGUCUCACCUCUCAAACGCCUAACCAUUCCGCGGUUAGAACUCACGGCAGCGCUGCUACUUUCCACGCUAAUGAACCAUGUUUCUGCUACUCUAAACAUAAACAUAACCAACACUCAUUCGUGGACGGACUUUCAAGUAACACUCACAUGGAUCAAGGCUCAUCCCUCGAGGUGGAAGGAUUAUGUACAUCAGCUCGAAGAACACUCUCUAUGGUGGACGGGACCACCAUGGAUGACUCAACCAGAGGCCUCAUGGCCCACUCAAGCCGACCUGGCUCCUGAUGAUACAUGUGCACAAGAAGCUCGUGCAACAGUUACACUGCACGCAGUGCGAACUUCUCCGGAAUAUCAUUGGGAUCUCAUCCGCAAGUUUUCAUCGCUCAACACGCUGCUCAGAAUCACCUCUCUAUGCAGUAAUCUCAUCAAAAAGCUCUCAAGAAAACGAAACUCACCAGCAGCUUCCAUCUCAUCAAAUGAUAUGGAAGAUUCACGACUCUUCUGGAUUAAAGCUACGCAGUCGGCCUACUUCCAAGAAGAACUCGCCCAACUCAACUGGCAUUCUCAACUGCCAAACUCACACCCACUCAGCCGACUCACAGCAUUCAUCGACAAGGAUGGUGUGCUCAGAGUGGGUGGCCGUCUCAAAAAAUCAGAACUCUCGUACGAGACGAAGCAUCCAGCGAUUCUCCCUCGCACCUCAAGACUCUCAAAACUCAUCAUCGCUCACGCUCAUAAACAGACGAUGCAUGGUGGUACCCAAACAACGCUGGCACUCAUCAGACAGCUCCACUGGAUCAUCGGCGGUAGAGCUCCAGUCAAGUCAUACGUGCUCAGGUGUGUGGUGUGUGCUCGACAAAGGGGGAUCCGUGCUCAGCAAUUGAUGGGCCAACUACCUCGGGCUCAAGUCACACCGUCACGUCCUUCCUCGCACACUGGUAUUGACUACGCCGGACCACUCACCAUCAAAACCUGGAGAGGUAGGGGUUCAAGAACUCACAAGCGCUGGAUCUGCGUAUUCGUUUAUCUCACAACCUCGGCUACUCAUCUCGAGGUGGUCCCAGACUACACAACCGAAGGGUUCAUCGCAACCUACAGACGAUUCACCUCAAGAAGAGGCAUUCCUUCAACACUCUACCCUGAUUGUGGGACCAACUUCCUGGGUGCCGAGGCACAACUCAAGCAGUGCUUCGCAGAAAGCUCAUCAGGGCACCAGAAAAUUGCCUCGCUGCUCUCACAGGACAAGACUCAGUGGCUUUUUAACCCACCUGCAGCCCCUCACAUGGGUGGUAAAUGGAAAGUAGUUGUAAGGUCCCUCAAGUUCCAUAUCAAGAGAACUGUUGGAGACACAUUGCUCACCUACGAAGAAACUGCUACGCUCCUCACUCAAAUAGAGGCGAUCCUGAACUCAAGACCCCUCGAACCAGUCAGCGAUGACCCUGAAGACACUCAAGUGCUCAUCCCGGGGCACUUUCUCAUAGGAACUGCACUCAACGCAGUCCCCGAGCCUUCUCUUCUGGACGUCUCCACGAAUCGACUGUCUCGCUGGCAGUUCAUUCAGCAGAGAAUGCAACAGUUCUGGCACACAUGGUCAACUCAGUACUUGCAGCGCUUGCAAGCAAUUUCCAAGUGGCACCACCCUCAUAAUAACAUACAAGUAGGCUCUCUAGUCCUUAUCACUGAUGAGCGUUUGCCUCCAGGAAAGUGGCUAAUGGCCAGGGUGCUCAAACUGUUGCCAGGAGACGAUGGACUCACCCGAGUGGUAUCCCUGAGGACAGCAACCACCACUCUCACUCGACCGAUCCCCAAGCUCGCCAAGCUGCCUGUGACUCAACCACAAAAGGCACAACUCAUCAUCAACAAAAUGCUGAUGGCGGGCGAAAAUGUUUGA